ACGCGUAGCGCGCUGUCGGAGCAGCUGGAGCGGCGGUCCGGGAGCGCAGACAGACCACCCCGCCUGCCGGCUCUGUCCUUGGUGCUGAACACGCGCGUUCCGGACCUGCUGCCCGAAUGGAUCCGCUCUGACCCGGAGCCGGUAACAACACGCGAGGGGACCGCCCCAGGGCGCGCGUGUCGGGCUCGCUCGCGCUGCAGGUCCACCUGAAGAGGGGUCUCUCUCUCUCUCUCUCUUUUUCCCCCUCUCUUUAAAAAUUUGGAUUCUUGUUUUUUUUUAAUUUUGGAUUUUUUUUAGGGGGGGCAUUUAGGCGAUCUUCUCGUUUUUCUACACCACAUAUUUUGUUUUGGUUAAUUUUUUUCAGCCCCCCAGUGAAUGAACCUCAGAUUGUUAAAAGGGGGGGUUCUCUUCACUUUCGAUAAAGAUUUUUUUUUAAAAAAACGGAGACUCCAGGCGAUGGCACCUUCCGCGCUCAGUGCGAGAGAGGCGAGCGAAGCGCUCAAGACUUUGUAAUUCGGAGCGAAGGCGCCGUCAGACGAGCCUCGCGUCUUCGCCUAUGUAGGCGUUUUACAGCUCUCUCUGGUGUGUGUGUCUUUUUGUGUUGUUGUUGGGGGGCGGCGAGGGGAAACUUUGGGGGAACCGAAGCUGGUGUUUUAUUAUUUUUGAAGGGAAAAAAAACAAGGAAAUAUAAAUUUACCUCCCCCCCCAAAAAAAUCAACGAAUCUUAGCAGUAUGUGCGGUCAUAUUUCCUCCUAAUAUGAUUCUUCCGCAACAAUAAAAAUCAAGGCUGCCGGGACAAACAUCUUGUGGAUAUGGAUACCGUGAAGGAGACGGUGCUCGCCGGGAAAGAGCGGGUGAAGACGGUGGCGGUGAAGUCGCUCGGACAUCUGUACAGGGUGCUGGAGAAGAGGCAGAAGACGGGCGAGGUGAUCGAGCUGACGGAGGACGGCCGGCCCCUGGAGACCAGAGAGAAGAAGCCGCCCCUGUGCGACUGCACGUGCUUCGGGCUGCCCCGCCGCUACAUCAUCGCCAUCAUGAGCGGCCUGGGCUUCUGCAUCUCCUUCGGGAUCCGCUGCAACCUGGGCGUGGCCAUCGUGGGCAUGGUCAACAACAGCACGGUCCACCAGGGCGGCAAGAUCAUCAUCACGGAGAAAGCGAAGUUCAACUGGGACCCGGAGACAGUGGGCAUGAUCCAUGGCUCCUUCUUCUGGGGCUACAUAGUGACUCAGAUCCCGGGAGGGUAUAUAUCGUCCAGACUGGCAGCUAACAGGGUGUUCGGCGCCGCGAUCCUCCUCACCUCCACCCUCAACAUGCUCAUCCCCUCCGCCGCGCGGGUGCACUACGGCUGCGUCAUCUUCGUCAGGAUACUGCAGGGGCUCGUGGAGGGAGUCACGUACCCUGCCUGCCAUGGGAUCUGGAGUAAAUGGGCGCCACCCCUGGAAAGAAGCAGACUGGCCACCACCUCCUUCUGUGGCUCCUAUGCUGGUGCCGUUAUAGCCAUGCCCCUCGCCGGGAUCUUAGUGCAAUACUCCGGGUGGUCUUCGGUCUUCUAUGUAUACGGGUGUUUCGGGAUGUUCUGGUACAUGUUCUGGAUUCUGGUGUCGUACGAGAGCCCCGCCGUGCACCCCACCAUCACGGACGAGGAGCGCAGCUACAUCGAGGAGAGCAUCGGGGAGAGUGCCAAGCUGCUGGGCCCCGCAGAGAAAUACAAGACCCCCUGGAAGAAGUUCUUUACCUCCAUGCCAGUCUAUGCAAUCAUCGUUGCCAACUUCUGUAGAAGCUGGACUUUCUACCUGCUGCUCAUCAGCCAGCCUGCCUACUUCGAAGAGGUGUUCGGGUUCGAGAUCAGCAAGGUGGGCAUGCUGUCGGCCGUCCCUCAUCUGGUCAUGACCAUCAUCGUGCCCAUCGGAGGGCAGAUCGCGGACUUCCUCCGCAGCAGGAACAUCCUCACCACCACCACGGUCCGCAAAAUCAUGAACUGUGGAGGUAAGGCCUUCCAGGCCAGGGGGAGGGCGAAGCAGAGGGCGAGAAGGCGUUCAGUUUCGAACCCGGAAGAUAUGUCCAGGGUUAAAAUAGGAGGUCAUCCCAGCUCAUCCUGGUUUCCAUGGCCUUUAACAUUCUAGGGAACAUGUGAGUCC